AGCAUCCCUUUUGACCGGAUCACCCAAGAAGCUGGCGAGUUCAUGAUCACAUUCCCUUACGGCUACCACGCUGGAUUCAACCAUGGCUUCAAUUGCGCCGAGUCCACCAACUUUGCCACGCUGCGGUGGAUUGACUAUGGCAAGAUGGCCACCCAGUGCACAUGCCGGAAGGAUACGGUGAAGAUCUCGAUGGAUGUCUUUGUCCGGGUCCUCCAGCCAGACCGCUACGAUCUGUGGAAGCAAGGGAAAGAUGUCACCGUCUUGGACCACAUGAAACCCACUGCUGUCACCAGCCCAGAGCUGGAGGCCUGGAAUCAGACCAAGGACGCGUUGAAAGUGAAGAUGCUCCGCAGGGCAAACAGGAAACGGAGCCAGCCCCGAAGGCAUAAGACGCAGGAUCAGAAGUCUCUGGGGGACGUCAUGGCUGGCGAGGCUGCCCUGGAUGAAGUGAAGGUCAAGGAGGAGCAGCAGAGAAUCCCAAGCUUGGACGAAGAGGGCAAAAGCGAAGAGGGGAAAAGUAAAGAGGGAGAGUGCAAGCCGAAGAGCCGUACCCCGAAAGUCAAAGGGGAGAGGAAGAAGAAGAAGCAGCACCCCCUGCUGUCCCAGCCCCCGCAGCUUCCUCUUCAGCAGCUUCUGCCUCCGCUGUUGCUGCCGCAGCCGUCUCCCUCCAGGCAAGAAGCAGAGCGGCAGGCCUCUCCAGAAGGCGACAGGCUGCAAGGCAAGCCCCCGCGAUCCACCCCGGCAGCAGCCAGCACCCCGCCCAUGCCCACCCUGGAUCCCUUGGCUUCCGAAACCUCCGGAGAGGAAGCGGAGGCCAAGGCUCAUCCCAGCGUACAGAAGCUUUACCUGGUUCAACGACCCAGGAAGUCCUCAUCUCAGAAGAAGCGCAUGUCCUGCCAGGAGAUGCUGGAGAAGUUCCUGACGCAGGAGAAGCGGGUCGACCUCGGCAUCAAAGGCGAGGAGAGCAGAGGCAACCCCGAAGGGCCUGCCGAGCCCAGUAAAUUGCAGACCACCUCUACUUUCUCAAAACUGAAGAUGGAGAUCAAGAAGAGCCGUCGCCACCCGCUGGGCAAGCCUCCCACACGCUCCCCGCUCUCUGUGGUGAAGCAAGAAGCCGCAUCCAGCGAUGAAGAAACUCUUCCCUUCUCUGGCGAAGAGGAUGUCGGUGAUCCUGAGCCACUGAAGUCCUUGCUUUCCCUCCAGUGGAAAAACAAAGCGCUCAACUUCCCAGCAGAGAGGAAGUUCAACGCAUCCGCUGCGCUGAAUGAGCCGUACUGCGCCAUCUGCACCCUCUUCUACCCGUACAACCAGGCACUGAAGAUGGAGAAAGAGACCCCAACCCCCUCAGGCGACAGCUCUGCGCCGCAGCCACCUUUAAAGCACGGGCAGAAGACCAAGCCAUUGAUCCCUGAAAUGUGCUUCACAUCCAGCGCCGAGAACACGGAGCCCCUCCCGGCCAACUCCUACAUUGGGGAGGAUGGGAGCAGCCUGCUGAUCUCCUGUGCCAAGUGCUGCCUGCAGGUCCAUGCCAGUUGCUAUGGGAUACGCCCUGACCUAGUCAACGAAGGCUGGACCUGUUCCCGGUGCUCUGCCAAUGCCAUGACAGCGGACUGCUGUCUCUGUAAUCUCAGGGGAGGAGCCCUGCAGAGGACCACGGAUGGAAGGUGGGUUCACGUGAUCUGUGCCAUCGCCGUCCCAGAGGCCCGUUUCCUCAACGUCAUUGAGCGCCACCCCGUUGACAUCACUGCUAUUCCUGAUCAAAGGUGGAAACUGAAAUGCGUGUACUGCCGGAAGCGGAUGAAGAAGGUUUCCGGGGCCUGCAUCCAAUGCUCCUACGAGCACUGCUCCACCUCCUUCCACGUCACCUGUGCCCAUGCAGCUGGAGUGCCCAUCGAACCUGAUGACUCAGCCCUAAAGUCGUGUCUGCUCUGCUUCAACCUACGAAACCUUCCAGUCACAUACCAUUGAAGUGUCAUCUGCAUUUGUCCCACCUCCAGACCUUUUCUUUCGUGGCCCUCCUUGUGUCAAUUUGCUACCUUUUUUUUGUAGGUCCCAUUUUCCAGGGAGGUAUCUUUGGGCCAGACAGUGAUCACAAAGAAUCGGAACGGGUUCUACUACCGGUGUAAAGUGAUUGGCACGACGACACAGACCUUCUAUGAAGUCAAUUUUGAUGAUGGCUCAUACAGCGACAACAUUUACCCAGAGACCAUCGUUAGCAGAGACUGCCUCAAACUGGGUCCUCCGGCCGAAGGAGAAGUGGUCCAGCUGCAGUGGACCGAUGGCGUUGGCUAUAAGGCAAAAUUCAUUGGUGCCCUGAUCAGCCAGAUCUUCCAGGUGGAGUUUGAAGAUGGCUCUCAGCUGAUGGUCAAACGGGGCGAGAUCUACACCCUGGAGGAGGAAUUGCCCAAGAAAGUAAAGUCACGCUUGAUGCCCAUCCAGGGACCUUGGAGCACUCCACCACCAGCUGCCCUACCCUUGGACUUAUCAGCAGGAGCAGGGACCUUCAGAAAGCCAGGGGCCAGGAGAAACUACAGAGGAAUGGCAGGAGAGCCUCAGCAACAAGAACCAGCCUCAACAGAAACAGGGAAAAAGUCCCUCAGCACCGGGGCGCCUCAGGAAGACGUGUUCUCAGGAGACGACUCGAAGGCCGCCAAGCGCCCUCGGGUGGGCACCGGCAAGAACCCCGAGGACCACAGGUCGACUUCUGACUACCUUGCCUUCAUGGAGUCCCUGCUCCAAGCUCCGUUUCAGCCAGGAGCGCAAAGCACCACCAUGUUCUAAAGCAGGAUGAACAAUGAUUUGAAAAACAAAAACCAGAGAGAGAAAAGAACCGCGGCAUUUUUAAAUAUCCUUUUCACAUCCCUGUGACAGAGUAAUUUAAGUAGAAAACUGUGGAGCGAGAGGCCCAGCCGUGUGCAAUAACAUGCUGUUAAUUCCUUUCUCCCGUUGUUGCUUCGGACCCCAGAGGACCGCGACUUGCUUUUCCCAGCAGUGGAUUUUUUUGAAGGGACGAAACCCAGCCCUUAGAAACUUUGGAGGAAUAUGCACUAGUGGAGAAUGUAUCACUAGACUUUGGGUCCGUCUUCUUUUUGUUUUGUUUUGUUUUGUUGGUAAAUCGCUUGGGAAAGUAUUCAGAAUUUGCAACAAUGGUUCUAGUUUUUCAACCGUGGCCCUCUGUCUCUCUCUCUCUCUCUUUUGCUCCCAUGUAAUAUUUUUCUUCGCUCUUUUUUGAGAAGGUGCUAUUUCACUGACUACUGAAGCAGCUUUUUGGGGGAUUGGCGGUGUGUGUGUGUGUGUAUGUGUAUCGAAACUACCUUUGUGACAUUUUCCAGAAAAAAGGGGGUCAAUGUAUUUUAAAAGAAAAUGCAGACAACCACAAAAAUUGGAGUGGGGGAUGAAGCUUCCUUAGUCCCUGUCUCCCCCCCGCCCCCCAGCUCCACCCCAUUGCUUUGAGGCAAGUGAAUUUUUCCAUUCUGAUGCUCUUGUCGGGGUAAGCUGAGCCACCUUGUCGAAAAACCUGUCAUGAGGUGGAAGCUGCUUGAAGAAUGUGUGGAGAAAAAACAUCCUCUUGCUUGCAGUGUUGUAGGAUUCAGUGUUACCAUUUUAUGAAAGAAAUCUUGCCGUGUGGACGGGCGAGUGUAGAGACAGGCUCCCCAUUCUAUCCUUUGUCCCCCCGCCCCCCUGCCGCCCAGGAAAUAUCAUCCUGGAAGCAUGGGUUUAAGAGGUGCCCAUCCGUGGCUCCGCAUUUGGCAGGUGAGAGAGGCAGAUAAGAUUAAAUGAGGUCUAGUGCUGGGGCGGGGGGGGAAUCCUCAUCCCAGUAGCUGCAACAUGGCAGAAUGCCCAGGAGCGCCCCCCCACCCCUGCCCUGCUGGCAACCAUGUUUGGCUUAUUUCUAACCACUUCUGGGAUUGCGAAAAUCAGCAUACCUGGGGAGAGGGUAUUUCGCCCAAAUUUUUCCACCAAAGCUCGUGCGCCCUUUGGGUUGUCCCCUUUCGAUGAGCAUGGGUUUUUUUUCAUAGAGAUCUUUCAUCCCAUAUUUUGUAUACAUGCGUUUUUUAAAUACGUGAAGAUCUUGGUCAUUGCAGCUGUCUGAGAAGAAGAGAGGUGCACAGGUGCGCUUUUGUGCACCUGAACCUUACCCUGUAAGAAAUUCCCUGGCCUCCUUUCUUACCUUAUUAGGGGGAAGGGAGGGUCAAUGGUUUCCCACUAACUGGCCCAGGUCUGGUCGAGAUAAGAAAGGGCUCUUGGUCCGAAGACUCUAGUCCAGAGACUUCCUCUUGAGGAAGGGAGGUUGCCUGCCAGAAAUAAAAAUUAGCCUCUAGUGGUAACUUCCCGAGUGAUCUAGGCAAGGGAGACCUGCAUCCCAGAAAUGUGGUAGAUCAUGGGUGUUCUAGUGGGCCAGCCUGAGGCAUCAGCGGAGGAUCUGGCCUCUUGUGUCCUUCUGGGGGGGCGGGGGGAAUGGGAAGCACGCCAAAUUCCUUCCAUCACAAAUAGACCACCUUUAUACCACCCCUCGUUCCACGGAGCAGAAAUGGAGACAUUCCCCCUAACGCCCACUUGGGUUUUUUUAAAAUUCCUCCUCCCUCUCAACUCCCUGUUUCUGGUCUCGUCCACUUGAAACCGCAUCUCGCAGUGAAAGAAAGAAGGGAUAUGAUGUUGGGUGUUAGCCUGGCAGCGUGGUCAAUAGCUACAUGGGCAAGUUCGUUUCAAUUGAUGGUGUCGUUUUCUAUCUAAGCCAAAUUCCCUGAGACUUGGGAAAUGUAGGGGAUCAAAAGUGGAAUCCCUUCUCCCUCUGAAGAAAGCCUCAUUGGAGGAAGCGUGUGUGUGUGUGCGAGCGCGUGUGUGUGGAUUUCCAAUACAGCGUCUUCUGCUAAUGUCUUUCAACAUUAAAAAUAAAAAUUCUCUUUUCUGCUUCUUUAAGGGAAGGGGGCCGCCUCUGCUUGGCAGACGGAAGCGUCCCGGGACAAAUGAUCUUGCAGGGUUGACUUUGAGCUCAAGUCUGUCUCCCAGUCCCUAAGGCACUGUCCUGAACCCUUUUAGAGAACAACAACAAAAUAAUAAUAAUUGCAAAAUAAUUUACUUGUACAAAAAAAGGAUUUUUUUUAAAAAAAGACUCUCCAAUUGCUGUUUCAGUUGACAGGCCACAGAUAAAAGAAUGGAAUGUUUCAAAAAAGAGAAUUUGAAAUGGGAGGUGGCUUUUUUUAAAGAGAAAGUGAGCUGGGGGAGUCGUUUGUGGUAGGGAGGGGGGGGGAAGCAGGCGGAUCCAGAGCAAAAGGCUUCAGCAGCUGCAUGAGUCAGGGCUGACCGAAGUCUGGCUGCUGCUGGAAUUCUCGUGUAUAUUUAUAUUGUAAAAAAAGGAAAAAGGAAAAUGUGUUUCUUUCCCCCUCUGCUCCCCCAACUAUUCAGAUGGUAAACUUAGUUUCGUUUUUAUGCCGUGGAUCUGGCUUUUUGUAGAAUCUGGAUAUUUUUAUGUUGAUGUUGUAGCUGGGAUUCUUUUUUGGGGGGGGAUCUUUUUUUCUAAUACACUUACCAGUUUGGGAAUGACUUUGUUAUCUCUUUAAGGGAGGGGCACUGUGGAACAGGAACUAGGCAAAUCACCCCUCCCUCUUUACCCCACCUUUAUCAACCCCACCUUUCCAAGAGACUUUAUUUGUCAGUGUCUAUGUGAUUAUAUAAAAAGGGGGUUGUUUGCUCUUACAGAAAUGUGAUUCUUCUUUCUUUUUGUAUCCUCUCACCUUCCCCUCCCUCCCUUCUCCCCAAUUUAUAAUCAAUGAAUACUCAAGUAUUACAGAA